AUGGCACCUCUACAAGAGGAACUCAAAGAUCUAGAGAGAAGAGGGAUAAUCACACCAGUGGAACGCAGCACUGACUGGAUCAGUAGCAUGGUCGCAGUGAGAAAACCUAAUGGGAAGCUGAGGAUCUGUAUAGACCCAAAACCUCUGAAUCGGGCACUAAAAAGAAGUCACUAUCCAAUCCCAACUAUAGAUGACAUCCUGCCGGAGAUGUCAAAGGCAAAAGUAUUCACAGUCUGCGACGUGAAGCAAGGCUUCUGGCACGUCAAACUAGAGGAAGAGCCGAGCUUCCUUACCACAUUCGCCACCCCAUUUGGUCGCUUCCGUUGGCUAAGGAUGCCGAUGGGAAUAAGCCCAGCACCUGAAGUGUUCCAAAGAAAGCUCAUGCAGGCCCUGGAGGGCCUCCCAGGAGUCUGCGUCAUAGCAGAUGAUGUGUUAAUCACGGGGGAAGGAGCAACACAAGAGGAGGCAGGAAAGGACCACGACGAGAAAGUCAGACGCUUUCUAACCAGGUGCAGAGAGCGCAACAUCAAGCUGAACGCGGACAAAUUCAAGCUCAGACAAAAAGAGGUACCCUACAUAGCCUCGGGAAGCAGCGUCUCAGUGAUCGUCCGUGACAGAGAAGUGAACGGGACCGUCGGCCGCUCGGCCCUUCUCGCCAGCUGCUACUCCACACCCGACCUCUGCUCUCAGCUAACAUUACAGUGGCGUUUACACGACAGCACAACUCCGCUUGUGAGACUGAGCCGAUCAGACUGCUCUCCACACACUGACCGACCCGGUUGUAACUGUUCAGUUCGCUGGAAGACCAGUCCAUCCCACACGGGGCGAGUCCACCUCUACCCCGAGAAUGGGUCCCUGUUACUGCGGGAUUUACGGCGCACUGACAGCGGAGUGUACGAGAUAUCGGUUUACAGCGGCGGAAACAACAGCGUGAAAGACAACGUGACAUUAACGGUCUACAAUCACCACACUGAGACAGAAAGUGUAACCUCCACUUCCGUGACUGCAACAGGAUCUGGGCGGAACAGGCUGAUGGAUACAGUUAUACCCGCAUCCCUUUUCCUUAUCCUAAUCACCAUUGUCUUGACCAUACUGCUGACCAAAGGCCUCAGGGAUUAUUAUCGAAGGAGAAAGUCGGACGCCACGGAAGGAUUUGUUGCGUUUAACAGAGUUUCACGGCAAGACUUGAACAAGGCCCCGGAAUUAAAUUCACGGGAUGACAUCAUAUACUGCCUUCUCCAGCUUCCUAAGGCCAACAGGCCAGCAACACCAGAUAAUCAGGACGCAGGCAUUAUCUACGCUGUGCCACAGAGAGUGCAAUGGAGGUGAAGGACCGGAACAGCAGCGUUUUGUUGGGACAUUGGAUCAGCUAACAGCGCCAACAGGAGAAGAUGAACACAAGGAGAAAUGUCACAACCCAGGCCUUUCAGAAAAAGAUGCAAAGUGCUGGAGUAACUCAGCGGGCCAGGCCGCAUCUCUGGAGAACAUGGAUAAGUGACGUUUCGGGUCGGGACCCUUCUUCAGACUGUAUGUGGUGGGGGAGAUGGGGGAAGAAAGCUAGAAGAGAAUAGAGGCAGGACAAAUAUUGACGAGUGAUAGGUGGAUACAGGCCAGGGAGGCGGGAAGGGUUUGGUAGGCAGAUGGUUGGACAAAGUCCAGAGAUGAAAAGACAAAAGGUUUGAGAUAAGAAUAGGAGAGUUUCAAAUUGUGAAGCUAGAGGACAAAAUGCAAAUGGGAAGGGAGAA